UGUGUCUAAUCGCGUGUGGCUUCAUUCAUAACUACGGUCUUCAUUUGAAGCCCAAAUUAAAGUAUGCAGACGGGGCAGGCAGCCGGUGCGCCGCUUCAGAACUGGUCUACGGCGAGUCCGAACUCAGUCCAGCUCAGCUCAGGACCGCUUCAUGGACGCACGCUGUUAUCUGGCUGAGAGCAGACGACGCGGAGAUGUUGGACAGCCAUGAUCGACGGGGUUUUGAGCGAAAGGGGAAGAUGACGAUGCUGCUGAUGCUGCCGCUGAUGCUGAUGCUGAGGCUGCUGAUGCUGAGCGCCGCCGGCUGCAGCGCGUCGCUGUAGUCUGCCUGCACAGAGCAGAGGGAAGCUGCUCCAACACCGCCCGAAUAGACCGGAAACCCUGCAUUUUCUGACCGUCUCCAUCCUCUGCAGGGUUCACUCACGCUGACCUGGAUCAUGAGCAAUGAUGUGCCUGUUCUGACAAGUCUGACGGAGAAUGCCACUGAUGUGCCCCUGGUGGCGGGUCAGGUGGAGAACUACGUGCUGCUGCUGGUGCUGCUGAGCGCCUUCGCGGGGGGCACGCUGGUCCUGCUCUCCCUGCUGCUGCUCUUCUGUCACGGCUGCUGCAUGGGUGGGAGACGCUACUCCAGAGCCAGCGAUGAUCCCGAGAAGACCAACACCACUUACGCUGAGGAUUCUCAGCCCACCCAAGAGAUCACCGUUCGUCUGGACGAGUCAGACGCUCUCUCCGCUUCCAGCUGCCACGAUGGCGAGUCGGAGCGGUUCGUCUCCACCGCGUCCACGGGCCGCAGGGUCUCCUUCAACGAGUCCGCCCUUUACGAGCAGGAUAAGACCACGCAGGACAAGGGCCGCAGGUACACCCUGACUGAAGGGGACUUCCACCACCUGAAGAAGGCCCGGCUGACCCACCUCCACCUGCCGCCGGCGCCGUGCGACCUGAAGAUCCUCACCAUCAUGGAGUGUGACUCCACAGAGAGCAGCACCUUAAACAUCAGUGAGUCUGCGGCUUCAAAGCUGCCCCUCACCAUCUACCAGCCCCCUGAGAGAAGAACGUGUGACUGGGUGGGUCAGAGUGUCAGCGGAGGUCUACCAGGAGACCCCCACCACUCCAUCAUCCUGGACCAGAGACCCAGACAGGGGCUGGCAGAACUGAAAACACAACGCAUGCGCUCCCAGACAAUGGAGGCCAUCGGGGACAGGGGAGAGCCUGGCAGCCAAAUGGGGAUGAGAGGAGAGUCGGCUCCGGGACAAACGUCCGUUCUGCAUUUCUUCUCCAAGCUGCGGCGCCACGCCAGCCUGGAGGGGGCGGGGCCUUACUUCAGGAGGUGGAAGUUUGACAGCAGCCACCGGGCGGCCAGUCUGGAUGCUAAAGGAUCCCCCAAGAGAAAGCCCUUUCAGAGACAAAGAGCAGCAAGCGAGACCACUGAUCACACGGAUGACUCGUCUCCUUUUGGGGACGAGGUCCUUGAGUCUUUCCCACACACUCCCGUACAGACAGGAGACCUGCAGUCCCUCUCUGCAGAGUCUCUGUCUCACCCUGCAUCUGCACCCACGUCAUCAGUCUUCCUCAGCAGGCUAAAGCUGGAGGCCAUGAUGGAGGCAGGCGGCGGCGGCGGCGGCGGCACCAGGAGGAAGGAACCGUCCUCGGUACCAGGUCGCGCCCAGAGCCUGGAGGAAGCCGUGACCAACGGAGCGGCAGGAAGAGAAGCCAACUUCCUGGCAGUGGUGAGAACGGAAGCCGCCAGACUCAAGCUAGUGUCGACAGAGGACGAUGACUUGUUCGGGGCGAAACAAGAAGCUGCAAUCCAGGAAGGGGGCGAAGACGUGUUCAGGAAAACCAGAGACACAAAGGCAGAUGGUGACGAUGGAGAUGAGGUGGUGCUGGGAGCGGAGGCGAGACAAAGGACAGACUCAGGCUCGUCUCUUAUGCUGGAGGAGGCGUCAGAGGUCCCCCCCUCCUUGUACAGAGACAUCUGGACCCUGCGGGCCUCUCUGGAGCAAUACGCCUCCUCGGACCAGUGCAGCACAGAUCGGGAAUCCAUUCGCAGCGAUGCCGACAGCGUUUCAUCCCUAGGUGGUGCAGGGGCUCGUUCGGGCCUGGACAGCUGCUUAUCGCAGGACCUGGACGAUGAGCCGGAAGGGGAAGGAGAGGGCGAGUUGUCGGAGGGAGGAAUACAAGGAGCAUCCAGUGGGGACAGUGACUUGGUGGGUGGAGCCGGAGGAGACGGUGAGCCAGGUAACCGGAAGCUGCUGCAGAUGGACAGCGGCUACGCCUCCAUUGAAGCUCCAUCCAGAGCUCCAGAGGAGCUGCGGCUCUUUGGGCUUCCUGGCGCCCCCAGGGGGAAGACGGCGACUGAACGGAGGUUGUUCUUCACAAGUUCUGGGAGGAAAGGUUCCGUGUGCGAGAGCAUGGAGACCAAGCUGUUUGAGGAGGAGCUGGAAGAUGAGACGGCGGACGGCGCAGAGGCCGAGGAGACAGCCCAGAAGGCGACGCAAAACUGUGGGGACUUCGCUUCCCUCCAAGAACCGUUCCUUCCUCUGAAAUCCGUCCAUCCUCAGAAAACACCCGAAUCCCAGUCGCCGCUGAUGUCUCCACUGAUGAAGCCAAUCCCGCAGCCCGGUGCUCCUCACGGUCCUCGCCUCCGCCGUCGCGACUACAGCAUCGAUGAGAAGACGGACGCCCUCUUCAACGAAUUCCUCCGUCACGACCCCCGGUUCGACCAGCAGGACUCCCCCCUACGCUCCAGGCAUCGCUCCAGGGUUCACCUGCGGAAGCAGUGGCAGAGACACAAGCAAUACAGCGACCCGGGCUCCGGCACCGGGGGCAGGUACUCCCCGUCUCUGGAGAGGCAGAGGUUCACGCCCCUGAGGCGGGGCGACAGCGCCGGUUACCCGCUGGACACCCGGUACCACAGCACGCUCUCACGCAUAGCGAGCGCUGCCGACGAAGAAGCCAGCGAGGUCGCAGCGUACGAGGAAGCAGCUAAAGAGGAUGUAGAAAACACCGCUGCGUCCAGUGAAGGCCCCACGGGGAAAUCCACCGAAAGCACAGGCGGCAAAGCAUCUGACGGCACGGACGCGUCGACGAGCGGCUCCAGGCGCUCGGGGUCGGCUGGAGAACGGGACGGAUGCCGAGACCCCUCAAACAACACCAGCCCGCCUCUGACUGCUGCGCGUUCCCACGCGGGCGUCAUGGAUCCGAGGACUGACAACAGGAACAACAACAGCAGCCAGGCAAUCCUCUCCGAGGGUCCCCCGCAGGCAGACGGCAGCCUGGCAGACAAGCUGGCCGCGUCGCUGGAGGAGCGGCUCUACGGCGGCCUACGCAGCGCAGAGAGGCUGCGGGAAGGCUCCGAGUGUGCGCGGACCGUGUCUCACACGGCAUCCCCUGGUUUCAGUCCGGUCUGACCCGUUACAGAAGGCCAGUCAUAAACGUCACGUUACAUCCAUUUACACACAUUCAUAUACAGUACCAUCAUGUGUUAGAUACCAACUCUAUCUGUGUCCUCUCAAUUUUGGACAGUUUCUCAUAAUAAAUAACUCACGCAACUUUACGUUGAUAUAUUCGAUAGUGUAGAAUCAUCUUCAGACAUUCCAAUUCGCAUCGCUGUGACAAACCUGUUUUUGUUGGUGUCCAUUAUUAAAAUCAAACGCAUUGAUUUCAGAGUUUAGAAAACACUGACCCAUGUUUAGAUAAAGGUAUUUUCAGACUCAACUGUGAAUUAUAAGCAUGCUGUAUGUAUAAGAAUACUGUACGUUUAUAACUUAGAAACAAAAAGCACUUUGAUGGGGAGAAUAUAUAACGAUGAAGCUUCUGUUACCCAUCGCUCUCAUUUUUGAGUCAUAUCCUCUUCAAGUGUCCUUCUCGUCCCAGUCAUCAGGAGGUUACAUGUCUAAACGAGGGCUGUUGUGUCACAUCAACAGUAAAAAAAGACAAAAAACACUGAUUAAGUGUCUCAUUAGCUCCAUAUCAGGUGUGUGUACAUCAUAAAAGUAAAAAGCAAUGAAGUGGCAAACAGCAUGAAAAUGUCUGCAUCAAGUGUUUUUCUACUUGUAAGUCAACUAUUUUUAUAGGAUUCUUAUUUGUGGUCUGUCCCUGUUAUCCAUCCUAACUGUGGUAUCCAGGUGGGAUCCAGAAGCUUCCUCAGGCAGAGUGUUCCAUCACAACUGGGACUCAGCUGAGUGGGAGAUGGACAGAUGAUAUUUAAAGGAUGGAUGCAGGAUGUGACAGGUUACUUCUUUAGAGAGAACGUGGAGGCUGUGAAAAUGAUAAUCCAAACUAAUAGGGGCAAAUGCCUGCAACCAGAUCAGAAAUAAGAUUGGUUCUAUUUUUUUACCUGUAAACAAAUUCAUUGAAAAGACCAAAACCAAACAAUAAAUGGGUCCAUGUAAGUGUUAGCAUGCUCCUGCUCUUCAUCACAUUGAGCGUCUUGGGGAAUGAUUUAAGCUCAUAAAGUUCAAGCAGGUUUUGCAAUAAUUGACAUCAGUAGGAAACAAUGGGUUGAGGGUGGGAAACCAGGUCAAUAGUUAUUUUUCACCUUCAUGGUUUUUGGCUUUUCAUUAAAUGUUCUGAUGUUAAGAAAAUGUUAAUAUCAUGACAGCGGAUGAGAUUCCUCAUUGGACUAAUGGCGUUUGUGAUUCAAUUAGUCUAAACCUCACCCACUAUUUGGCUUUUACUAAUAUGAGGGUAAACUAUACAUAUGUAAUAUGGUCUGACAAAGACAAAUUCUCACCAAAGACAGUAGUUUGUCCAUAAAUGGCUUAAACCAAAACAGAUUAACCACUGACUCAUAAAUUAAUUGCUGAACAUGAAAUCUGAAAAUGGUUAUGAUUUGUAUUAGGAAGUUGCUGAUGUGAAGUGUAGUCAUUCGUUCUGCUUUAAUGACAAAUGGCACCCCUUCAACAUGGCUGCAUGUGAUGAGGAAUGUAACGUGGGAAACGCCCGUGGUCCGUACAGCUUAUUCCUUUUCGUUUCAUGUCUCGUCUUUGUCCUCGCGGUGAAGCAGCUGCUUUAUUGUAAAACAAGUGGUGCAGAAAACUAAUGUUUUGCAGCCUUGACAAAAGGCUAAACCUUGUGGGACCAACUGAGGCAGAUUUUGGACUGAGCAUUUUUCUGAAUAAAAAAAAUAUUCCCCCCUUCCAUUA